AAGUGUCGGAGGAAACGGUAUACACGUGUUUUCUUGCAGGUUUUGAAGGUUACUGAAGAAGCAGCGGGUAGGCUCCUUGUCGUGCUGUCCGCUACAGAGUGUCCCCGGGACGGCGUGUUUGUGGUCAAGGCCCCGUGAGAGCAGCACGAGGAGGCGGACAUGGAUCCCAUGAAGGCGCAGCAGCUGGCGGCGGAGCUGGAGGUGGAGAUGAUGGCUGACAUGUACAACCGAAUGACCAAUGCCUGCCACAGGAAGUGCGUACCGCCCCAUUACAAAGAGGCAGAGCUGACCAAAGGCGAGUCUGUGUGUCUGGACCGCUGCGUGGCCAAAUACCUGGAUCUUCAUGAGAGGCUGGGCCGUAAACUGACGGAGCUCUCCGUACAGGAUGAGGAAGUGAUGAGAAAGGCAGCUGUCGGAAGCGGAUAGAGACCUGAUGAAGUGGACAUUGUGGGGGAUUACAAGCUUGUGGGAUGGAUUAGUGUGUGUAGUUUCUUUCAUUUCAGUGACUCAUGUUUUAGUUGGGCAAUCACAAAAUGUUUAGUUUAUGCUGUUGAGGGUCCACUGAGAGAAACUGUCUCGUCUUCCACGUUAGAAGACCAGAGCACAUCCUGAAACUGCUCACAGUGCUCCAGCAGCCUCUCUGGAUCCGUUACUUCACAUCCAACUUUCAAGAAGUCGCAUGACUGGAAAGGAGGAAGUCCUUGGACAUUAUUACUAAGUUGUUCCAGUUUCUUGCUUUCAGCUGUCUGGAGUCUUAAUAACCCAAAUAUAUUAUUCUUCAUGAUGAGUAUUCAUUGUACCAAAUCUGUUAAAUUUCAACCCAAGUCAUCCUUUGAACUUGGGUGAUUUUUUUUUUUUUUUUUUUUUUGAAAGCAAAAGUAAAUAUAGUCUCUUCUCACAGGGUUGCAACACAACAUUCGGGUAGAGAAAUGGUGUUCACCGUACAAGCUGGUGUAGCCAGACUUGAUGCUUAUAAGAAGAUGAGUCUGGUGACACUGAUUUCAUUUUGGCCAUAUUUCAACUCUGCAUUCAGUUGCUUAAUCCUUUAACCAGUCAAAGACCUUUAGUUGUAAACAAACUCAACUCAGCGCUCAGAUGACGUGUAUGACUGUGUUGCUGUUACUCUCUUAUCCAUCACUACAUAAAGCCUGCCUCAGUGAUGAAGUCAUCACCAGACCAACUUUCUGCCUCAAAAAAAAAAAAAAAAAAAUGUUGGUUGGUGAAGAAAUGUGGUCUGACUUCCAGGCGAGAACUGAAGCUGUAAAUCUUUAUUUAUGCUUCUGUGCUGGUACGCUGUAGCUUUGUACUCUGAAACAAUGGCAACAGUGACCGCUGUUCAACAUUUAUUAACUCGAAUGUGAACCAUUCAGUUCGGAUCACCAACUCAAGUUCAUUAGCACAGUCACAGAACAAAGCUGACCAACAAGCUAGAGUCCGUUUUCAGUGCAUCAAUAUGAAGUGUUAAACUAAAGGCCGACACAUUUCAUAUUCUGCUACAUAUUAUAGUGGAGUUGUCUCCAAUGACGCUUAUAUAAAUGGCACGAUACCACCAGUAGCAUCAAUGAGUGCUGACCAUGUUACUGAUUAGAUUUUUCUUUUCACAGCCUUAUUACAAACCAAUACUGACAAACCAGCUAAUAGUAUAAACCAAGCACACAUAAAUAGCUCUACACAAAGCCAACACUAGCCUACAUAAGUGUUCUAAGAGCGGGGACAAUUCAUAUUUUUGCAUCGAGUCAGCAUCGUUGUGUAAUUAUGCUAAUAAACUUGAGUUGUUGAGCAGAACUGCAUGGCUCAUGUUGGAGUUAAUGAACAACAGUUAAUUUAGUGAGAUCACAGAAACACGAGAAGACAUCCGAGUAGAUGGGGUGUUAGGUGACCUUUCUGUUUUUGUGUUUGAGAGACGUUGUUCAUCUGCCUCGCUGGAAAAUAUUACAUUUCUGUGGAGGUGCAUGACCGGCAAACAUAAACCUGGCUUAAGUCUGGAAAACACAGCUGCGUGGCAAUGGUUAGCUUUGAGACAGUUUCAAGCAAACUGCUGGUGAACGUUAAUGUCAUACUGAGAAGAAGAAGCAUUUUCCUUGGAUAUUUUAAAAAAAACCUAAAUUACAUCACAGCUCUUGUACUCUGGCCUUAUUGGAGUUGUCCACUUACUAGAGGGGCCUGUUCUCGUGGACGUGACCUCAUUUGAACGCAGCAGUAGUUGCACAACGCCCUGAAACAGAGUAAACCAGACAUCAAUGCACUGAAACACUUGACGUCUGAGCCAAAAUGUGUUUUUCCUGUUUACUGUUCCUGGACGCUGCUGUUGUCUCAAACAGCUCCAAUUCAGACGGCUUGGACUUUGCCCGCUUCUUGUGUAUACUGUUGUGUUCAUCAUGUUUGUUUUAUGCUCUAUGACAGCUUUUUAUUUGUGUAACAGAGAAACUGAAGAAAAUGUUGUUACUAAUUCCUCUAAUAAAACAAUGUCAUCCUUUAUAUUAA